CUUGAGAGAAAAUUGUAUUGUUUCUGUUCAACCACCACCAAACUUUUUUUCCUUGACCAGAAAACGAUUUUAAUGUAGUAGUGAACUUAUUUAUCUGUUACCUGUAGGUACGUGUCUAAAUCCACAUAUCUCUUUCUUUUUUUCAUUCUCCCUAUAGAAUUUCAAGAGGGGCUUCUCCCAAUUAAACGGGGUCGAUAAGUGUCCUCCGUCGGUGGAUUAAAUUUCCAUGUAUCAUUAGCAGAAAAUCCAUAAAAAAUAAGAGGGUCUAAGACCCCAUUCUCCUGUCUUCUUUUAUGGUUCUGUGGAAAGUGGAAUCUCCAUUUUCAUAGACGAAGAAGAAGAACCCGUUCGUGAAAAAAUGGCUGCAGUGGUUCAAAAAACCAAAUUAGUUCUUACAAUGGCUGGAAGUUUUCUUAAUGAUGUCCUGAGUUUAAUUGUUUUCACUCUUCUAGACGUUCUUGAUUUUGUCUUAUGUUAUGUGUACAAAAUUAUGGAUUUCUUCAUUGAAGCAGACUGGAAACCUUGUUAUUGUUCAUCAGCAAAAGAAGCGAUUACAAGCAGUGGCAAGAUCUUACUUUCUGAACGAGGAGAGCCUAAAAAAAUUGUGCGUUUAACUUCAAGCCAAUUGCAGCUGGAAGAAAUCUCAGACACACUCUACACACGCCCUUCACUGGUGUACGAGGUUUCAAAAUCUACUGUCAAAAGGCUUAAAGUGGAGGGCAACAGCAGUGGUUCGGGUUCUUCCAUGAUCCAAUCUCGUGAGAAAAUCAAGAAAAAAAGAACCGUUGGAUCAACAUUUACUAUUAAUUCCACCAUUGUUGAAAUGCUUCAAGGAAGGAUCGGAGGGCAGCAAUCACUUCCCAUUCCUAGAUGGUCGGAUUGUGAUUGUAAAACCUGCACUUCAUGGACUUCUUCUUGCAAAGAAACAUUAUUUGUCAAAACUGACGGAGCUAAAGAUAAUGUGCAAGAAAAUGUGCUGUUCAUUCAUGGUUUCAUAUCAUCAUCUGCCUUUUGGACUGAAACAUUGUAUCCAAAUUUUUCGGAAUCGGCCAAGUCGAAAUACAGGUUAUUUGCAGUGGAUCUGCUUGGUUUUGGAAGGAGUCCUAAGCCAACUGAUUCACUUUAUACACUAAGAGAACAUUUAGACAUGAUUGAAAGAUCAGUUCUUGAGCCAUACAAAGUGAAGGGCUUUCACAUAGUUGCACAUUCAUUGGGCUGCAUUUUAGCACUUGCACUUGCAGUCAAACAUCCAGGCUCUGUCAAGUCCCUAACUCUACUUGCACCACCAUAUUUUCCACUACCAAAAGGUGAACGAGCCACACAGUAUAUGAUGAGAAGAGUGGCCCCACGGCGUGUGUGGCCAUUUAUAGCUUUUGGCGCUUCAAUUGCUUGCUGGUAUGAGCACAUAAGCAGGACGAUCUGCCUUCUAAUUUGCAAGAACCACCGUCUCUGGGAAUUUCUCACCAAACUGAUCACCAGAAACAGGAUCAGAACAUACUUGAUGGAGGGAUUUUUCUUACACACACAUAAUGCAGCAUGGCAUACUCUACACAACAUUAUUUGUGGUACUGCUGGAAAAAUCGAAGGAUACUUGGACGAGGUUAAGAACCGGUUGAAGUGCCAUAUAACUAUAUAUCAUGGCAAAGAUGACGAACUUAUUCCAGUCGAGUGCAGUUACAAUGUGCAAUCAAGAAUUCCUCGAGCCCAUGUUAAGGUCCUCGAAAAAAAAGAUCACAUCACUAUAGUUGUCGGGAGACAGAAGGCAUUUGCUAGGGAACUCGAGGAAAUUUGGAGGAACUCGAGCGGCUGAGUUCGAUCGGAGUCCUCUCUUGGGAGAGCGAAAAAUGUUCAUGCAUCCUAUAUGAUCACCAUGAAAGUAAAGUUCAAUUUUAUAUCAAGAUUAGAGUAAAGAAAAUUUGAAUUUGGCAGGUUUUCUAAAUUAAUCCCUUUCUCAUCUGCUAUGAAAUGUAUAGGCCGUGUGAAAUGUAUUAUGUAGGUGUGAAAUGCUUCUUAAUCUUGCUAAUGAGUUGGUAAAUUAUAAAAGGAGAGCCAGCCAUAAAAUCUAUAAAUAUAUAUUUGGCUCAAGUUA